AUGGGUCGCAGAAAAAUCGAAAUCAAAGCCAUCAAAGAUGACCGCAACCGCUCAGUAACAUUUCUGAAGCGCAAAGGCGGUCUCUUCAAGAAGGCUCAUGAGCUCUCCGUGCUUUGCUCUGUCGAUGUCGCCGUCUUCAUCUUUGGUAAUAACAAGAAGCUCUACGAGUACUCUUCGACCGAUAUGCAUGAUCUCAUUACCCGCCACCAAUAUCAUGGCGUUGCCAACGAACACAAAGGUCCAAACGACUUUGCCGGCGGAGACGAUGGAGACGACGACGACGAAGGCGACGCGACGCCCCCGAGGGGCCACGAGGAGGCUCAGAUGAUGCCUCCCCAGUACCACCCUCAGCAUGCUCACUUCCCGCCGCAAAUGCGCCACCACACUCCUACAGCUUCCCCCCCUGUUCCAAAUGGCGCGUCUUUCCCCGGGCACCACGGUCACCACCUUCCUCCCCGCGGUAACUCGCCACAGCCGCCCAUGGGACGUCCAGAUUCGAGAAACGAUGGCCGUCGCAUACACUCGGGCAUGGUCCCGCCUCCACCGCCGGGCACCCAUCCUGGCAUCACAUACAUGCCCGCACCUCCCAUCUACAAUGGACCUGCCGCUCCCUCGCAGCCUAUGAUGCACCCUCACGGCGGCCAGUAUUAUCAUGCACAGUCGCAGCACGCUCAUCAACCACCGCCGCCUCAAGCAUAUGGUGACGAUCGUCGGCCGCCUCAGCCACACCCGCAGCAGCCUCAACCUGGAUACACGCCCCAACCGCCGCCUCAGCAGUCUCAACCUGGGUACACGCCUCAGCAACACCCUCAGCAGCCUCAGCCCGGAUACUCGUCUCAACCCCCGCCCCAGUCCAUGUCUAUGCCUCCUCGCCCCGAUAUCCAACAGCAAACGUCCAUGUCGCAUCCUCCUCCACCGCCAGAACGUCGCAACAUGGACCCUCAGCCACCGCCCUCUCAAGACGCACACCCGGAAGUCGACACCCGCUACCCACCUUUGCUCAACACAGAUUCGGCCAUCAAGAAGCUUCCUCAACGUAGGUCACACAGCAUCUUCACGCCUGUAGAAGAGAACCGUUCCAUUCUGGGACAACAUUCUAGGCUGUUCAAUUCCGACGAAUCCACCAUCAAGGAGGAACCUACCAGUCGGUCUCAGUCUGUUGACGGUAGUGCUCCAAUACGGACGUCACCUCCGCUACCACGCUCGCAUAGCUCUAUGGACAAGUCACGAAAUGUUUCACUACCCGACGCCGCCUUUGCACCGCCAUCCCGGACGAAUAGUGUGACCGGAGGCCCGUUGUCUGGUAGACCCCGCGGCCCCAAGCUCACUGUGCAGAUCCCAGAUGGAGGCUCUGAGCAAGGUGGAAGCGCCGUCACCGGAGACUCCAGCUCACCGCGCAAUCCUGCAGAUACCCCAACACACACGCAAAGGCGCCAUGGCUCUAUCGUGCUGCCCCCGCCGUCUCCGUCCGCUUCUGCGCUGUUGUCUGCAGGAGCCACUGGCCCGCCGAAUCCAUUCGCCAGACCGCCGGUAAACCCGCAAGGAAUAGGGAGCAGCCUUGCCAACAAGAACGAAACACCACAAUCUGCGCUCCCAUCGAGGUACCUCGGUGAAUUCCUACCCAGCCCAAGCAGCUUCUAUCCAGAAUGGAACUACAAGGCUAGCGACAGCAACACCGCGCCUAGUCCGCUCAACUUCUCAACUCCCGUAGUGGGCUCUGGCCCUAGCUUCUUGACCCAGGAUCAGAGUCAACUGGCCACGUCAUCCGCCUCGACGGCGGCCUCGUCCACAGCCCCGACAGCCGGUGCGCCUGACAGCCUCAAGGUCCGCGAAGCGGUGAAACGAAAGAGCGAAGGCUCCGCGACGUCGAGCGCGAGCAGCCACGGGCCCACGACGGAGCCCAAACGAGUCAAAGUUGAAUAA